CAUCGAGGAGUCUGCAGUGUCGCGCCCCUUGUUUUUGUUAAUCGGUCUCUCUCUCUUGUUCUUGUACCAUCAACCAAUUCACCAAAGGUAUCGAAGAUCCCUUCUUUGGCUUCAGCAGCCGGCCAACGAGGCGAGAACGUGCGCUUAUUCCGGGUGGAUUUCCUAUUGUGCUCUCUGACAGAGUCAUCGUGACGUUUUUCCUCGCGGUUUGCCUGGAAAAGCUCCAAAGCGCGCGGGUGUGUUAGUGUGCGAGGUGGAAAGCCGUGUCGGAAAGACAUCGAAGGCGCUUGAGGAGGCGUGAGGACUGUCAGAAGGAGCACCAGUGAUCGCUGACGAGACAGGGAGCGAGACAUGGCUUGGGGCUACUGGAGCGCAACGGCUGUGGAUCGCGGACGCUCGCCGCGGCGCAACACUCAAUGUGCCGCCGUGCCGCAGUCUGAGCCGCCGCCCCCGCAGUGCUACAGCCCGUGCGGGCGCAGUCCGUGCGGCAGUCCGUGCCACAGUGCAUGCCAGAGCCCGUGUCAGAGUCCACAGCACGUGGUGGCGGCGUGCAGUGAGUCCGAGAGCGAGCCGCAGGUGCAGCAUGCGCCGCUGGAGGAAUACCCGCGGCGGCAGUCGCUCGAUCCGCUGGACAGUCCACAGGCAAACCAACUGUCGGAUAUUCUGUGUCGGGGAGCCACGGUGUCCUCAAUCUCAUCGGCCAAUAACACCCUCACGCGGGGUGCCUCGUUGCGCGACACGAGCGACUACGAUGUGCCCCAUCCGCAUCCGCACACUCAUCACUACAUGACCACGUCCACGUCGAUUCACGGCUCGCGGCCCGGCAGCGCGGGCGCCGCGUCGGCCCACGGGCACGGCAGCGCCCAUGGGAGCGGAAGUGGCAGCGGGUCGAGCCCGGGAAUGAGUGGCGCGGGCAGUGUGAUUGCCGGCGGCGUCAAUUAUCUGGAGUGCCUCCACUAUGAGCGAAUGCCUCUGCCCAUUCCCGUGCAGAUCCCCAUCGUGCCACCGCCGCCGCCCUCGCAUCUGCUCUCCGAGGACGAGGUGGAGCCAGCCUAUGCGACAGUAUUUCCAAAUGUGCCGUCUGCUCCGGGAAUGUCCUGCGUUGGCGAAGAUCGAAGCAUCUAUCGACGAGGUGCUCGGCGAUGGCGCAAGCUGUACAGGAUCAAUGGUCACAUAUUCCAGGCGAAGCGUUUCAAUCGAAGGGCUUUCUGCGCCUACUGUCAUGACAGGAUUUGGGGCCUGGGACGUCAGGGCUUCAAGUGCAUCCAGUGCAAGUUGCUGGUGCACAAGAAGUGUCACAAGAUGGUGCAGAAGCCCUGCACUAAUGAGCACCAGAAGCCGAUCAUGAAGGAGAGAGAUGACAUCAAUGGCGAGGUGCAGAAGGAAUUGCUGCCGCCGGCGCCCGAAUUCGCGCCGGAACUCGCCGAGGGUGGUGAUCAUGUGGCCGUGGAAGCACUGCAGAGCUCAGAGGAGCCCCUGGAGCCGGGCGCUCAGCGCCAGUACUCGCUGGAGGACUUUGAGCUGAUCCGCGUGAUCGGGCGCGGCAGCUAUGCGAAGGUGCUGAUGGUGGAGUUGCGACGCACGCGCCGGAUCUACGCGAUGAAGGUGAUCAAGAAGGCGUUGGUCACGGACGAUGAGGACAUUGAUUGGGUGCAGACGGAGAAGCACGUGUUCGAAACGGCGUCCAAUCAUCCAUUCCUCGUUGGUCUGCACUCGUGCUUCCAGACGCCGUCGCGACUGUUCUUCGUAAUUGAGUUUGUGCGCGGCGGCGACUUGAUGUUCCACAUGCAGCGUCAGCGCCAUUUGCCCGAGGAGCACGCCAGAUUCUAUGCGGCCGAGAUCAGCCUGGCGUUGAACUUUCUGCACGAGAAGGGCAUCAUCUAUCGUGACUUGAAGCUGGACAAUGUGCUGCUGGAUCACGAGGGGCACAUCAAGCUCACGGAUUACGGCAUGUGCAAGGAGGGCAUUCGACCAGGCGACACAACGUCUACUUUCUGCGGCACGCCUAAUUACAUCGCUCCGGAGAUCCUCCGCGGUGAGGAUUAUGGCUUCUCGGUGGACUGGUGGGCACUCGGUGUGCUGCUGUACGAGAUGCUGGCCGGGCGCAGUCCAUUCGACAUUGCCGGCGCUUCGGACAAUCCGGAUCAGAACACAGAGGACUAUCUGUUCCAGGUCAUUCUCGAGAAGACCAUCCGCAUUCCGCGCUCGCUGAGCGUGAAAGCCGCCUCAGUUCUCAAAGGUUUCCUCCACAAGAAUCCCGCCGAUCGGCUCGGCUGCCAGCGGGAAUCCGCCUUCAUGGACAUCGUCAAUCAUCCCUUCUUUAAGAGCAUCGAUUGGGAGCUGCUGGCGCAGAAAGAAGUGGCUCCGCCGUACGUGCCGUCCUUCCUCGAUCCCGAGGAGCCCGAUCUCGCGGCCAAUUUCGAUCCGCAGUUCACGCGGGAGCCGGCCGAAUUGACCCCGGACGACCCGCGGGUGAUUGAGAAGAUUGACCAGUCGGAAUUCGAGGGAUUCGAGUAUGUGAAUCCGCUGUUGAUGUCGCUCGAGGAUUGCGUCUGACACCACGCGUCGUGUGAGCUGCAUCCCUACAAUUCGCAGCCAAUUAUCGAGACUGUCGAAAUUCUCACGCAUCCCCGUGACUACAGAACAAAUGUUAGAAAACAGAGAUAAAGAGGGGCAAAGAAAGAGUAAUAGAAAAAUCUGACAAGAAGCAACAUUUUAGCUAGUGUACGGCGAUGAUUCCAGCGACUAUGAUUCCGUUGUGGAUGAUCUCAGCAUUCUUCAAUUACCUCCGCCACCAUCCAAGAGUCUACUGCAGCACAUGUUUUGCCUUCCAUUGAAUUAAGCCGGACUUUUUAUAGUGCGAAAACGGGGAGAGAGAGAGAGAGAGAGUGUCGAAGGAGCGCGUUUUUCAAUUGAGACACAAAAUUUCACGGGAAAAAAAAACACUGAAGAUAGAAAUUUGAAAGACAGUGUAAAUUAUUCUUUUUUUGUUGCGCAGCAGAGAUGAAACAUGCAAUAACAUUUUGAAUAUUUGCCAGUAUUAAGAGAGAGAGAGAAAAAGAAAGUAGCGAAAAAAAAACGAGGAAGAAACUUGAGUAUUAUGAAAAAUCAGCGAAUGGUAUUUUUUCGGUAUAUUAUUUUUGAGAAAUGAUGAAAAUACAGUUCUAAAGAAGAUAAAAACGUAGAAGAAUAUUGAUAUAGAGUAAAAUUAUUACUGUAGUUAAUAUUUUGAAACAUGAUAAAAGUAUAAUAAAAAAAAACAAUUGAACUGAGAAAACAAGAAAGAAAUCAAAUAUGGAUUGAGAGACACACACACAUGAAAGAGUAGUGAAAUUUGAGAAAAUCAACGAAAAAAAAACAUGUUGUAAAUAGAAUAGAAGCGAAAAUGACUUAAGAAAAAACUGCUGAGCACUUAAAAAGAAACCGCAAUCGCAGAAGCAGAAGCAGAGGUGAUGAAAGUGUGUAAAUAGUUAAUAAAAAAUACCAUUCUAGGCACUUAAAAUGAAUAUAAUGAAUAUUUGAAAAGAUAUUUACUUAAUUUUUGCACACACAACAACAAAAAAAAUGAUAUAGUAUAUAUAAACUUUAAUGAAGUGGCGUCUAAAAGCAGUUCCAAACAUUUUUGAACAAUUCCAACAUGCAUUUUAACAGUGAAAGAAAUAACAAAGAAUUAGAAUUUUAGAGGUUUUACUAAUGAUGCUCAAGAAGAAUUAAGCGAUGGAGAAGAAACAUUGUCUGUUUGUCAAAUUUAUGCGUCACGACAGUAAGAGAGAGAGAGAUAUUUAGGUGUCAAUCGAGGAGAAAUUGCGACAGAAUGUUUAGGGAAUAAUAAGAAAUUGUCUCAUAUUUUUGGGGAUUUAGUUUCGUUGGUGUUUCAUUGGCGUUUCAUGUAUUUUUUCUGAGUAUUUUUAUGAGUUUUUCUUUGCUUCUUAUCAAGAUAAGAUACCAAGUUUAUAGUUUAGAGUUUUUUUUUUCUUUCUUUAUUAAACACUUUUGAACAGUAUAUAUUUUUGUGAGCUUGCUUUGCAAAUUUAUGAAAGGGAUGGUUAAAUAUAUAUAAAUAUAAAGAUGAUGAAUUUCUAAAUGGUGAGAAACAAGUAUAUUUAAAUCACAAAUAUUCACAAAUAUUUUUUCCUCUAUCAAUUUCCAUUGAUAACAAUAAUAAGAAAAAAAUAGAUAUUUAUUGAUGAGAAUUUUCCACUCUCUCGCGAGAGUCUUUGAAAGAAGAGAAUAUAAGAAACAUGUUAAUUGAAUUGUAUUUGAAGAGAAAACAAACAAAAAAAAAUCCUUUCUUCAGAAAGCGCAUUGUUUAAGGCAUAAAAAAAAAACUUAGAAAAAUUUUCCCUUUCCCCACAAACUUUGGAGAUUGGAAAACACACACACACGCGAUUUUUAUGAAAAUGUUGAGAUCUUUGUUCACGCAUUCCUUUUUCUAUUGUAUGAAUUUUAUUAUUACGUAUUACAUUGAAAUGAUGAUGAUGAUGAAGAAACAUAUGAUUACGAUGAUGAAUUAAUCAAAUGGUUUGUAUUGCAAAUAUUAAUGAUAACAAUAUUGAAAUGAAAAAUAGCAUGAAAAUUCAUUAAAA